AUGGGGAAGCUCAAGUUGUGCGGGUGAAUGAGAUGUGUUCUGCUCUGUUCAGCAAGAAUUUCUUCUAUAUCUAAUAUAUAUAUAUUGAUGUACGCGUGUGAUUUACGUCAUUAUGCCUGACUUGCAGAUUGUUGUAUCCUACUGGAGUAUACUUCUAACUUUAUAUUCCGUGGGAAUAGGACUAAGUUUAAGUUUAGAGCAACAAGGACCAUUUUUCAUCCACGAACCACCAGAUCGUGUGGAUUUUGCCAAUUCAACGGGUACUGUGAUAUCUUGCUCGGCUCAAGGAAACCCAAUUCCAAGUAUAAGAUGGGUUAACAGAGAGGGAGACGAAGUCACAGAUGUAGCUGGACUUCGCCACGUCAGACCUGAUGGAUCUCUUGUUUUCCUUCCAUUCCGUGCAGAAGACUUCAGACAAGACGUGCAUGAUGCUACAUAUAAGUGCCUUGCUUCUAACGCUGUGGGUAUUGUUGGCAGUAGGAAUGUACAAGUGAGAGGAGGUGAGUUUCCAUAUGCUAUAAACCUAAACUUAUAAUACUUGAACCAUUGUAAUGGAGAAAAUUAUUCAUAAAUUCUAUUCAGUUACCGCAUAUGUUUUGCAAAUAAAAUGGUUUCCCCUCUCUAAAAUCUUUGAGU